AUGGAGUGGAAUAAUGUACAGAAGAGGAUCCUUGAAAACUUGGUUGAGAGUAUGCCAAAUCGACUCUUCGACGUGAUAUUGCGUAAAGGUGGACCGGCAGACUAUUGGAUUUAUUUACAAGCACAAUCGAAUGGCACUUGCCGUUUUUCAGUGAACUGUGCCAGCUUCAAAAAUACAAAAUUCGGGAUCUCCUCCGUCGAUGUAAUUGUUCUGGAUACCUGCGGAUUCUUCAUUAGCGCUUACAUAGACUCCGUCACCUGGACAACUGGAAGUGUAUACCGCACGGCCGUAUACAGUUGA